GUGCGUCCGGCGUCUGGCAGCCGCAGUGAGAAAGGAGGGAAGUGGCAGACAGACGCACAGACAGACAGGCGUCCGCGCAAGAGGGACAGGGAGUCCAGGCAGCCCGAACUGGUCAGCUUCAAGACAAUCGCAGUGAUAGACUUAGAGCUUAUCCAUUUGUUUCCCUUCUGCUUCUCCUCCGCUCGGGGCUGUACACGGGAACUGACGGAAGCGCCGCCAGGAAAAUCGUUCCCCGAGGCCCAGCUUUCCGAGGCGCGUCCGCGAGACCUUUUGGGAGCGACAGUGAUGCUUGUGCCGCCCCGCGCGCACGAGGAGGAAAUCGGAUUGCUCAAGACAUGUCGCCCGUUGUGACUGACAUCUGCUUAAAUCGAGGACGCCGCCAAGCCCCGGGACAAAAUGGGCGCCUCUAAUCUCCGCGUCGCUGCCACAAGACAGGCGAGAGAGUGCUUGGAAAAGCCCCGCGGCUCGAGGAGUAGCCAUGUCUGAGCGGGAACGCGAGCGCCCCCCCGCCGCCAUCGGCCAUGGCGGGGGCCAGAGCGCCCAUGGAGGGGGACGGAAGGCGUGCGAACGCGGGGUCAGCGCACCGGGGCGAGCGGGACCACAGCGCGACCUCGCCCGGAGGCCCUCCCCCGCCUCAGUGUCUUACGGGAUGCAUCAAACCCUGCUCUACCUCACCGCUUACGUUCUCGGCUGGCGUGGUCACGUGACCGCCGCCGCGGGGCCGCGAACUUUGCCGGAGGCGCCGCGGACGUGCUCGGACGCGCCCGAAGCGCCGUGGAACCGGACAGUGUGGAAAAGGAAGAGUUCCCAGAGCGUUGCUUGUGUGAUAUUAUCUUUAGCUGUGCUGUGCUCGUUCCCCGCGGCGACGGAGGCCUUCUGCCCGAUCGGCUGCGACUGCGACGACGCCAGCCUCACCGUCAACUGCCAGAACACGAGCCUGGAGGUGGUGCCGAUCCUCCUGAACCCCCGCGUGCAGACCAUCCUCCUGACGCGCAACCGCAUCAAGGCCCUGUCGCGCGCCCUCGUCUUCUACACGGACCUGAAGGAGCUGGACAUCUCGCACAACGACAUCGCGACGCUGGGCUCCAAGAACUUCGAGUCGCAGAAGAGCCUGGCGGAGUUGCGCGUGACCCACAACAAGCUGAGCGCUGUGGAGGCGGCGUCGCUGGAGGGCCUGGUGGGGCUGCGCGUGCUGCUCCUCAACGACAACCUCAUCUCCAGCGUGGACGACGGCGCCUUCCGCGGCCUCGUCAGCCUCAUCGAGCUCAACCUCUCCAACAACAAAUUGAAGAGCUUGCGCGAGAGCUCCUUCGCCGCGCUGCCCAGCCUGUGGACGCUCAACCUGGGCGGCAACCUGUUCGACCGCGUGCCCAGCUCCAGCCUGCUGAACCUGUCGUCCCUCCUGGAGCUGGACCUCAGCGACAAUCAGAUCUCCCAAGUGCCUGGCCGCGCCUUCCAGGGCGCCGCCAACCUCGCCUACAUCCGCCUCGACAAAAAUAACAUCAGCGCCGUCAACCCGGCGGCCUUCUGGGGCCUCUCGGAGCUCCGCCGCCUCGCCGUGGCCGACAACAGGCUGGAGCAGGUGCCCACCCUGUCCUUCAGCGGCCUGCCCGACCUGCAGGACCUCGACCUAAGCGGCAACCUGUUCGAGGAGCUGCCCGAGGACGGCUUCAACGGCCUGGCCUCGCUGGUGAGCCUGACCGUGUCCCGGUGCCCGCGCCUCAGCAGGGUCAGCAGCGAGGCCUUCCUCAGCACGGCCCAGCUGGAGACGCUGGUGCUGAGCCACAACCCGCGCCUCACCUCCCUCGCCCCCACCACGCUCACCUCGCUCCUCAACCUGCGCCAUGUGGACCUGCGGGCGUGCGGCCUGCUGCACAUCACGCCCACGCAGGUCCCUCUGCAGCAGCUGGCGAGUCUUAUGGUGUCGGGGAAUCCCCUGCACUGUAACUGCUCCAUGGUGUGGCUCUCCCGGAUCGCCGCCGAUGAUAACGCCACCCUCACCGUCGACUCGCCCACCUGCGCCAGCCCGCCCAACCUCUAUGGCGUGUCCUUGCGCGAGCUGGGCACGAGCGGCGCGGGCUGCGACGGGCGCGUGGGCGUGUGGACCAUCGUGAUCUGCGUGGGCGUGGGCGCGACGGGGCUGCUCAUCAUCGGCGUGUUCCUGUGCUGCCGCCUGCGGAAGCGCCGCAAGAAGCGGCAGAAGCGCGUCCUGCAGGACAAGCGGCCGUGGGGCGAGGUGUGGCGCAUGGAGGACCCGCUCGCCGCCACGCGCCUCACGCCCACGCCCAUGAACGGGGACGCCCUCAGCCACUACCCGCUGGCGUCGCCCACCCGCCUGCGCCUGCCGCCGCGCCUGCCGCCCGACCACCCGCUGCACCAGCAGCUGAGCCUCCACCAGCAGCACCCGGGCGCGCGUGCGCAGCAGUGCCCCUUCGCCACGCUGCACCCCGUCUACCACCCGCUGCUGCACCCGCCCGCCGCCCACACCUCGCUCGAUUCGCCCACGCACUACGGCGACUACGCGCCCCUGCACGCCCACCCCCGCCCGCACACGCUGCCCAACCACUCGAGCCACCCGGCCGUCAUGCCCCUGGGUCCGCCCCCGCCCAUCCCGCCCCUGGACGAGCCGCCCAACUGGUACGCGACGAUCGGCAGCGUGGGCGGCUUCGACGACGACGACGAGGGCGAGAAGCGGAGGGCGCGCGGCGAGCGGGACGGCCGCCCUCGCCCGCCCGACGUCACGGCCGCCACGCCCAGGAAGGUGCCCGUCACCUACGUGUAGCGCGGCGGUCGCAGGGGCAGGGGCAGGGGCAGAGGGAGGAGGAGAGGGUAUGAGAGCGCGCAUGUGGGUAUGCAUGAGUGUGCACGUGUGUCUUUUUGCACGCGCGUGUUUGCGUGCUUGCAGCGCGCCGGUCCAUUGCCCCGAGUGAGCGCCCGUGGGCACGGGGCAAGGUUCCUGGGCGGAGCGUCCGUGUGACGGGCACCUGGCAGGUGUGGCGGAGUGAGAGCGAGUUCCCGAUAAGGAAGCUGAUGACCGAAGCAGAUUCUGAAAGAUAGUCAUCCCUUUCAUUGGUAGGAAAAAUCGGAAAAAAGACGCGCUUUAUGAAUGCGCUUUUUUAGAUAUUCCCUGACCUUUUUGUUCAUCUUUUACGACAGGUUGUAUUAGGAAUUGUCAUAAUGCAGUCGCGUUUUCCACCAUUUUCACUUUUAUAACUUCGGAGUGUUAAUUGGCACCUUCAUCUGGAUCGCCUUUUGUCAUAUGGUUCUUAAAAGCUUUUUUUCGGAUCGGUUACGGUGCAGCUGUGACUCUAGAACGUGUGUGUAUGUGUGUGUGUGUGAAGCUGUGAGCCUACAUGUGUAAACAUGUGUACAUAUGUAAUGUAAUAUAUAAAAUAACGUUUACGGUGAAGAAACGUUUUGUAUCUUGUUGCCUACUGACAUUACAACGUAACACGAGAGGUGAAAUGUCUGCAUUUUUACAGAAUUUUGAAAGUUAUUUGAAUUAUAAUUAUUAUCAGAUUAAUUUGAACAAACUUUGUUAGAUUCUAAGGUUGCGUGUUCAAAGGCGUUUGUGUGUGUGUUAGCGUGUGUGCGUGUGUGUGUGUGUGUGUGUGUGUGUGUGUGUGUGUGUGUGUGUGUGUGUGUGUGUGUGUGUGUGUGUGUGUGUGUGUGUGUGUGUGUGUGUGUGUUCAUGUGCGUGUCUUUACGGACCCUUCAACAGGGCGGCCGGAAGCUCCGAGGCGAUGACAUAUCACAUCCAGCCGAGAAUAUCUGUGAUAAAAGCCCCUCCCCCCCCAAUAGCUAAACCUAGAUAGGAUUGCCACUAAGGAGUCUACCUCCCGGUUAUUUUUUCUAUUCAAAACAACAGAGCAAGGUUGUUUGUUAUUCUUCCUCCGUUUUGUGUUGUUGGUGUGUAGGGGAGGGGGAGAGACACGGGAGCGUGUGGGGGGGAAGGGGUCAAAA